AUGAAAUAGAAAUAAAAUAGCUACAAUAAUUAAUCAUACGAAAAAGAGAAUCAGAUACCACCAAACAAAAGUACUCUUUAAAGUAAAAAUAGCAAUCAUAAUCAAUAAAAUGAUACGUAAAAAUAUUUUAUUUCCAGUCAAGGAAAGUCUAAGAGAGACCUCAAUAGCUCGUAUGAUAUGCCAAGAACUCAUUCAACAUAAACACUAAAAUCCUAGAAUAAAUCUAACAAUCCCUCAUCUUAUGCCCAAACUACAACAAAUCAACCCUACAGAACUGAAAAUUGCUCUUAUAUCAACACUACAGACAAUAAUGAUAAUUUCUAUAUAGAAGCUCCACCGAAGAAUGUUGAUAGGACCUUUUAGUAUAUCAAAUCUCAGUUUAACAUCUAAAAUGAAAUCUCAAUGUAGGAGUAGGAAUGGUCAAGCAUAUAUGAUAUUAUCCCAAGUAAACAGCCAAAUACUUCCUUCAAAAAUUCAGAAUACUCUUUUUCCAAAAUGUAUCAUAGAAAUCAUGAUGAUUCAAACAAAUCGAGAGACUCUCGGUAUAAAUCCUCUUAAAACAAGAGAAAUAAUCAUAACAUUGAUAUGAUUAAUUACUAAAGCAUGCAUUAAUCCAAUAUGAUCAAUAACUCUAACUAUUAUGAUGAUUAAUAGAUGCAGCUUAAUAACUCUUUCAAUCCCUAGUUUAGUGAUUAGAAUUAUUAGUCAAUGAAUUACUCAAUGAACCUACCCUAAUCAACUAAAAAUGUAAAUAUGACAGAUAUAAUGUACUCCACAACUAACAGAAGAGGUACCUAAGAAUUUAGGUCUACAGCUGGAAUUAAGCCUUAGCAUCAUCUCUAAUAAGUGUUUAAAAUGAAUAGAGAUGGAUCUUAAUAAAGAUUUAUUUAACAUCCUGAUAUGAGUAUGCUUUCGAACACUUUCGAGUUGGAAGAUGAUUACAGAAUGCAACUAAUUUAUCUCCGAUUAUGGCAAAAAGCUGUCAAGAAAAUUAAACAGAGGAGAGUUGAAAAGAAAGUUUUCAUUAAAAAUUUAGCUAUAGCCAUUCAUUUCCAUGAGUAGUCUUUGAUGACUAAAGGAGUUCUAUCAUUUAUUAAGUUUAGAGUGUUGAGAGAAUAAAGAAGUAUUAGUGCCCUCAAAGUAUCAAAAAAGGUUGGUGUAAAUAUUAAGAAGUUCUAUUUCACUUAGCUUACAAAGAAAUUUAAGGAAUCUAGGUGGAUUAAAUCUGGCUUGACAAUUGCCUAAAUAUAUUUUAAGAAAGAAACAAAGAAAAAGCUGUUUUACACAUUUAGGUAAAUAACUAAUUAAAAAAGAGAUGAGAGGGUAAAAAUCUUGAAGAGAAUAAGAUAAAGACCAGGAGCUUUGAAAAUUAUUUUUGAGUAUUUAGCUAUGAGCUUGACUGGAAAGAGCAAAAUAGAUCUCUUAAAGUUUCACUCGAUUGCUUUGAAUCAGGAUAAGAUAAGAUAUCAGCAGAGAUAAUAAUUUACUUAGAUGAUUGAGUAGACUUUAACAUAUUCGAUGAAAUUAACUUUUCAAAAUUGGAUGAAGUUUACUGAUUCAAUUCUCGCAUUCAAGAAUAAGAUGAUUAAAAGAAAGAAGAAAAUAGCAUUUAAUUGCAUUAAGUAAAACUUGAUUUCAAUAAAAAAGGCCAAAUGUCAAGUUUAUAAAGUAUUCAUGAAUAUAAAGUACAAAAGUCUAUAUGCCUUAAGGCUGAAUGCAGAUGCUUAAUAAUUACUUAAAAAGAAAUAAUUGUACUUAUUUAGAAGAUAUAGAAAAAGAGUUUUUAAUAGACACUUUGGUAGCUGGUAAAAACUAUUCUACCACUAUAAAAAUAUUAUGGGUGAAAGUACAGAGAAAAAUAUAUUAAGCUCAUCAAAUUUUCUAAAAAAGUACUUUUUUGCUCUAAAGAAUUUCGCUUCUGAAAGAUUAGCUGAAAAAAAUUAAAAAAUUAAAUCAAUGAUGCAUUACUACGAUAGAUAUAUAAGGAACUGCUUUAGUUCUUGGAAAUAAAUAUCUAAGAAAAGGAGUUUAUUGAAUAAAGCAAGAAGAGUCGUUUAAGGCAAUCAUGAAUUAGACGAAAAAGAAAAAUACUUUAAAGAAUGGAUAAGAAGAUGUUUUUAUAAUGAAAUGAUAAAAAGGCUAAGAGCAAAAACUCUUAAGACCAAAUUUAUAUAGAGUUUGAAAUUAGCAAUAAGAUAUAAAAAAGUGAGGUAAGAGAUAGUAGUAAUAUGCUAGGAGCAAUAUUUGAGAAAUCUAUAGUUAAAAGCACUUAAAUCUUUAAGAGUUAAGCUAGAUGAGAAAUUAAAAUUGAGAAAUAUGCUCUAAAUAUUUUAGAGGAAGACUAAUUUGUAGAAAAUAGAGAAGAUCUUAAAUGUCUUCAAAUUAAAUGUUGAAGAAAAUAUUCAUUUAAGAGAAUAAGAGCACAUUGUUGAAAGAUUUAGACAAUAGUAACUCUUCUUUAAGUAUUUCGAGAAAAUUAGAAAAGGAACAUAAAAACAGAGAUUACUUAAAUAAAAUUUUAUUAAAAUCAGUAGCUACGUGAAGAGUAAAGUAAAGUUCAGAACACUUUAGAAAUUUGCUUAAAAAUUGGAUUGCAAAUAAUAGCUUAAGUACUAUCAAUUCUAGUUUUUGUAUAAGAAGCAAAUGAAUGAGAAAUCAAAGAUUUUUUACUACAUGCUGAAUAAGAAAAGAGACCUUAAUCAUAAGUACUAUUAGGUCAAUGAAAUAAUUAGAUUUAAGAAUAAGGCGACAAUCUUUAGACUCUGGUACUAGGCUGCAUGCUAGAUUUAAUAUAUAAGAAAUGGCUACUUAUAACUUUAGAAUCAUUAGGUAACUAAUACUCUCUAGAAAUAUUGGAAAAAUUGGAGUAAUUACGUAGAGUAAAGUAUUCUUCGAAAGAAAUAUGAGCAGGUAGCUAUUUUCUUUUUCUUAAGGAAUUUUUUGAAGAAGUACCUAUAUUCAUUGAGGAAUCAUGCAUUAAUCAAGAUAUAGAAACGAAAAAUAUUGACUAAUUUGGCAAUGCAUAGAUUUAGACAUUAAUUUUAAGCAUUUAAGAAGAUAUUGUUUAAGGAUAUUAAUAGAAAAAAGAUAUAUUUCAGAUAAAUCAGUACCAUUUUGAAAAAGGUGAUAUCUAAUUGGAAUAGCUAUUCAUCUAAACGUAGAUAUUUAAGAUAAAAUAAGAUCUAGUUUAAAUAUAAGUAUGAAUAAGUAAAAAAGCUAGAAAUACUUUAGGUUCUGCUAUAAAAUAAAGAGUAGAAAGGUCUUUGCUAUCAAGAACAGUACUUAUACAUGAAGUAGAGAAAGCAAUAAUUGAUCAUAUAGAAUCUGUUUGAUCAAACUUAACAAAGCAAAUUUAUCUAGAAAAAGUAUGAGUCAGUUCAUAAAACAUUGUUAUAUAAGAUGUAUUAAGAAAGAUUUUAUCUUUGGUAUAAUCAAUUUAUCCUAUCAAAAAAAGAAAGGACUUUAGCAUUACCUUUCUUAGCAGAAUCUAAGAUUCAUAUAAAAAGAAAACAGUUUGAUGUAUUGAAGCAGUACUCCUUAAAAUCUAAAUUCUUCAAAAAAUGUCAGUUGAAGAUUGAUUAAAGAUACUCUUUAAAACUUAAAUUAGUCUAUUUCCAAGUACUUCAGUAAUACAGCAAAUCACAAGCUAAGAUAAAUAACAUAAAAAUCUAAAUUCAAAAUAUUCACUAGUAUCAUCAAAAGAAGUAGUUAUUAAUGUAUAUUUAGGAUAAUGUCAAGAAUAGAAAGAAUUUAAAGAAUAAAUAAAUGACACUAGUAAAGUAAACUAGAAUAAAUACCUAAUAGCAAUUUUUUAAUAAAUGGAUAGAGAGAUAUAAUAAGUGGAUGAAUUUUAAGCCAAAAUUACAGCAGGCUGAAUAGCUUUAUCACUAUAUGAUUGCAAAAAAAGCAUUCAACAAGGUAAAGCAAUAUUUGUAUCUUGGUAAAAAGAAGAUUGAGAUGCUAAAAAGCAUAGAAUAUUACAGAUUAGAACUACUUUAGCACAAAGCCUUUUCAAAACUCAAAGAAUUUCAUAAACUAUAAGGAAAGGUACAAAGAUUUCAAUACAGAUCAUAAGUUUAGUUUAAAGGUACAUGCUUCUAAUAAUGGAGAAAGAAAUACUUAGAACUCAUCAAGAGAAGGAGAAGUGAGCUCAAUCAAUAAAGAGUCAUUUAUUGUUUGUAGAAUCACAAAGAAAUCCUAAAAAGAGCUGCUUUCAAUGGAUUUAGUACUCUGCUUGUAUAAAGGCAGAUAAAAAAGCAAGGGAUAUCACAAAUUGAGAAUGUUUUUUGGAAAAUAAUGAAAAGAAAGUCGUUUAAAGCCAUAAAAGAGCAUAUGAUUGAAGAAAUUAAAAAUGAGGAAGCUCUGGUCCAUCAAUAGGUUUUCAAGAAAAAGUCAAUUAUGAAGGCUUUAAGGUUCUUUAUGGAUCAUUCUAAGUUAAAUCAGACUAUGCAAAUGCAAUCAAAUGCUUUCAAUAGAAUCAAGUAUCUUAGAAAAGUGCUUAAUGCGCUUAAAAACAACAAAGAAAAGACUAAUUAGAUGAGACUAAUGUACGCAAAAACUAACAAAGCUUAUAGAAAGCAACUUCUUCAGAAGGCGUUAUGGACUCUUCACUGGAAUAAAAUGAGAAAUCACUAUCUUAGAGGUUUAUUCUUUAAAUCAGGAGAGUAUAAUGACCAUAGGAUUAAGCAAAAACUUUUCAAGUCACUAAAGAUUCCUCUAAUUACCAAGUAUAAAGCCUUGACUAUUCAAGAAAAGAGAGAAUUUAGAGUGCUCUCAGACUAUCUCAGCUAUUGGAGGUAUUAAUAUGAUCAAAUUGAGGCUAAAAGACAGUUAGAGAUGUACAAUCAAAAUGCAAGGUACCAAGAGCAGAAUGAUCUAAGUAUGGAUUUCAAUAAUCACAAUAGCAGCCUUAUUGAUCCCAAUUUCGGAAUAAAUUUAAGCAAUAAUGAUCAUUAGAUUGACAAUAUUAAUUGUGGCAGAUUGAUCUAAGAUGAGAGCGAUGAUGAAGAUAAAUGA